AUGAUCAUGUCAUUUCUAUUACCUUUGCUUUUUGCGGCAAUUAUAGUUGAUAGGGUAUGUGCUGAUGUCAUGCAGAUGGUCGACUCUCAAUGGAUGGAGCGUUACGUCCCUCGACAGUACAGCAAACUCCAUGAAGAUACCAGUGGUGAGGCAGACGUCUCCAAGGACAACAACUACGGCUACAGUGAGCAAGGCAUGAAAGAUCUCGAUGAGGUGGGUGGACUGGUCGGUGGCGGAGAUUCGGAACUGCUGGGAAUUCUUCGACCAUAUUACUCGAUGGUUGAUAUGUCUGCUAAUGGUAACAAGCAGGGCAUGGGCUCCUAUCUCCAUGUGCUACCCGACUCGAAGGAAGGAGAUGAGCCUAUCUACACACUAGGAGCAUCUUUCUACGGUGGUCUGGAGCCUGCUGGCGCCAAAAUGGGCUACAUGACGCGUCCAUUUGGAUAA